UCUCCCGCAUGUUAUCUUAAGUUGGAGCUCAGAUCAAGAUCAUAAUCAAGCCAAAUGAUGUGAUGAUCUAUAUAACAGAGAUAUCUUCAGGGCUAUUCUUAAUUCUCAUCCCAACACCAAGUAAGGCAAUUCGAGAGAGAGAGAGAGAGAGAGAGAGAGAGGAAAAUGGGAGUGAUGGGAACUGUUUCACUGCCUUUUCUGGGAAUGGUGAUUGUGGUGUUUACUCAAGUUACCAACAUGAUAGUGAGCAAAAUGGCUAUGUCCAAUGGCCUGAGCUCAUUCGUCCUUGUUCUCUACUCUAACGCCAUCUCUGCCGUCAUCCUUCUCCCCCUUUCCCUUCUCUUCCACAGGUCUCCAAGGCCUCCACUGACCUUCUCCAUUCUCUGCAGAUUCUUCUUGCUCGCCCUGAUUGGAUGUUUUGCUCAAAUAUUUGGAUAUGCUGGUGUCCAGUACAGUUCUCCUACACUUGGCUCAGCAAUGCUUAACCUCGUUCCAGCCUUCACCUUCAUACUUGCCGUCAUUUGCAGGAUGGAAAAACUAGAAUUGAAAAAAUCAAGUAGCCUAGCUAAAUCAGUGGGAGCCUUGGUAUCAGUUGCAGGGGCAUUUGUUGUGACAUUCUACAAGGGCCCACCAGUCAUGUUCUCAUCCUCAUUUUCUGACUCAUCUAACCAAAUUUUCUCAUCCCAAUCACAUUGGGUCCUUGGAGGAUUUCUUCUUGCUGAUGAAUCUUUGUUGGCUUCAAUGUGGUACAUUUUGCAGGCCACAAUCCUAAAGAAACACCCAGCAGUGCUGACCAUAACCUUUUUCUACUGCUUCUUUAUUUCUAUCAUAUCUUUGGCAAUUUCUCUUGUUGCAGAACAAGACCCUAGCGCUUGGAGGUUAAAACUUGAUGUGGGGUUGCUUGCUGUCUUAUAUUCCGCAAUUGUUGGAAAUGUAAUCCGCAUCAGCAUGUGUACAUGGUGCGUGCGGAGGGCCGGACCUCUCUUUUGUUCCAUGUUCAAGCCCUUAGGGAUAGUAUUCGCUUUUGUCAUGGGCGUCAUCUUUUCAGGGGAUGCUCUUCAUCUUGGAAGUUUGGUGGGAGCAAUUAUAAUUGUAAGUGGAUUUUAUGCUGUGAUGUGGGGAAAGGCAAAAGAGGCAGAAGAAGGUAGGUUAGAAUGCAGCCGAAAGGUCCCUCUCUUGCAAAACCAGACAGAUGUAUCCGUAUAGAGAAAUAGAAACUAGCAUGAAUAGUAGGUUUUUAUUUUCGUCCCUACUGUAUAAUCAUGUUAUGUGCCUUCAACACCCAAGUUGAAUAAGAUUAUCACACCUCGUUGCAAAUCA